AAUGUUUUGAAUUGAUUUUCCGGCAUAAAGAGUUAAAUAAACAACAGAGAGAAGAUUUAAAUAAGAAAUUUCGUAUAAUGUCGGAUGCUGAAGAUGAUUUUAUGUGCGAUGACGAAGAAGACUAUGAUUUGGAAUAUUCUGAAGACAGCAAUUCUGAACCCGAUGUUGACUUAGAAAAUCAGUAUUAUAAUUCAAAAUCUUUGAAGGAAGACAAUCCAAAUGAAGCCCUUAAUAGUUUUCAAAAGGUUCUGGAUCUUGAAGGUGGUGAGAAAGGAGAAUGGGGUUUCAAAGCUUUGAAACAAAUGAUAAAGAUUGAUUUUAAAAUGGGGAAAUAUGGAGAAAUGAUGAACAGAUAUAAACAGCUCUUAACUUACAUCAAAAGUGCUGUUACAAGAAAUUAUUCUGAAAAGUCUAUCAACUCCAUUUUAGAUUACAUUUCAACAUCAAAACAGAUGGAAUUGCUACAAGAAUUCUAUGAAACAACAUUGGAUGCCUUGAAAGAUGCAAAGAAUGAUAGAUUAUGGUUCAAAACUAACACAAAACUUGGAAAAUUAUACUUUGAUAGAGGAGAGUACAAUAAACUUGCUAAAAUUCUGAAACAGCUUCAUUUGUCCUGCCAGACUGAUGAUGGAUCUGAUGAUUUGAAGAAAGGAACACAACUGCUUGAAAUUUAUGCUUUGGAAAUUCAAAUGUAUACAGCUCAGAAAAAUAACAAAAAACUAAAGAAAUUAUAUGAACAGUCUCUGCACAUAAAAUCUGCAAUUCCUCAUCCUCUGAUAAUGGGUGUCAUACGUGAAUGUGGUGGAAAAAUGCAUCUUCGGGAAGGAGAGUAUGACAAAGCCCACACAGACUUUUUUGAAGCUUUUAAAAAUUAUGAUGAAUCAGGGAGUCCCAGGAGAACAACAUGUCUGAAGUAUUUAGUGCUUGCCAACAUGUUAAUGAAGUCCGGAAUAAAUCCCUUUGAUUCUCAAGAAGCUAAGCCUUACAAAAAUGAUCCUGAAAUCUUGGCAAUGACAAAUCUCGUAAAUGCUUAUCAAAAUAAUGACAUCAGUGAAUUUGAGAAAAUAUUAAAAACUAAUCGGAAAAACAUAAUGGAUGAUCCUUUCAUUAGGGAGCAUAUUGAAGAUCUGCUUAGGAAUAUUAGGACACAAGUGUUAAUAAAGUUGAUAAAACCUUAUACUAGAAUUCAUAUACCAUUCAUUUCAAAGGAGUUGAAUAUUGAUGUGAAUGAAGUAGAAAAUCUUUUAGUCUCUUGUAUAUUAGACAGCACAAUUCAAGGUCGUAUAGAUCAAGAAAAUCAAGUUCUGAAACUAGACAAAAAGACUCAGGAUGCUGAUAGGUAUAAUGCCCUAGAUAAAUGGACUGGACAGUUAUCUACUUUACAUCAAACCAUUGUAAAUAAAAUGGCAUAAUUUUGUACUGCCGCAGUUUCCUAACAGUUAUAUAGCAUCUUCAUAUAUCUUCAUUGAAAUUACGUUCUUCCUGUGAUAAAGGAUGUUAAGUACAAUACUAUUAAAACAUUUUUUUAAAAAUAAAAACCAUGUUUGUCGCAAAGCGUUUUUAUUGACUCUUCCAAUGGACUUAGGGAAAAGUAUUUGUGUGGUUGAAACAAAUUGCAAUCAGAAAUUCUGAGAUCUUCUACCAUGAAAAUAACAAUCUUGUAUUGUAUUACUACUAAAACAAUAAAAUUUCUUGAUUUCA